UGUGCGGAGGGGAUUUUCAGCUUCAGCUUAAUGAAGGAAGUGAACAUUUGGGGAGGAGGAGGGGGCAUUUGAAGAAGUGAAAAAGGAACUGCAGCUUAACAUUUGCAAACAGACUGAACUACUAAAAUAAUUUAUAGCUGUCAUUAGAGGCAAAAAGGGGGGAAAGAGACAGAAGACGCUCCUGAAGUCAUGUUAGGGGAAGGAUAUCUCACAUUAUUGCAUUACGAAGAGAAGUUUGUUUCCAAGCAAAAGGAACAACAGGCAAGUUCUCCAUGUUCUGACCGGCUCAGCUAUGCUGCAUCUGACCCAAAAUCUGUCGGAUCACAGAUCAUUUCAGCUGAAGCAGGGCCUAAAGAGGAAGUGCUCAGCCUCAGCCAUGACCAGGGACUGAGAGUAGUGCCUCAGCUUCCAGCUCUUCUAAUUCCCAGGUAUUCACCUGUAACUGCCCUCCACCCUGUUUGUAUCGAAGACUGCAGCCUCCUGGAACAUUAUCCCGACCUGCAGGUGGCUGAUUCGGGCCGCAUCUCACACAACCUGCUGAGAGCCACUGUAAACCUGGAGGAGUUUCAGCCUCCUGUCUCUGAGCUGGAUCCUCAACCUGAAGCCAGGCAAGAAGAAGGUUCAGUUUCAUCCAUCCCGGACCAGGGUUAUCUGGUGAUGGGGGGCAGUGUGAACAUCAGCUUGGAUCUGCCUGGAUCAGGCUUGGAGCCCAUGUCCAACUCCGCACUGAACGGGCUGCUAGAGAAGCAGGUGGAGGAGGUUUACAUGCAGCAUCUGACUGAUAACUUGGCUCGGUGCAACUCCCACCUGGAAAACAGUCUGCUACACGGCCUGGUGCCGCCACCGCAGCCCGACUGCCAGUCAAAGGGGUUGUACUCGCUGGAGAGCAGCUUGGCAGAAGAUUCAAGGGCAGACAGCAGUGAGAAGAUUAGUUAUCUGAACACCCAGCAAUCGGUUCCCUGCUCGUCCAACUUCAGCUCCCCAGUGUUGAGGAUUUCAGAGUUAGACGAGCCUCGCUUGCCAGGAGACGCCCUGCCAAAGUAACACUCACAUUUCAGUUUGAAAUUUUCACCUUUGUACCUUAAAUCUAAACUUACAUAUAAAAACAUCUGUGUGGUAAUAAAACCAUGUGCUAUAUCAGUUUUUAUUUUUUAAUUCAAUACCUGCUUUACUUCCUAAAUGAAAAAUGCCUCAAUCAGAGCUGAGUCCAUGCGCCACCUGGUGUUCAAUUCUAGUACUACACUAUCAGGUAUUUUUACCUGACAUGCAUUUAAUUGUAUUUUACUGACAUUGAAAGUGUGUAAAACAUAUUAAAUUAAAGUUUUUACAGUCUA